AUGUCCUUGCAAUCUGUACAAAUAAUUACAUAUGAAGGUGAAUUCACGUAAUUUCUAUUCAGCCAGCACAUAAAGAAUUUUCUGAGUUACUCAGGCUUAACCUCUACAAAUUAUCACACAGUCUCAAUAGUAGGCAGUCAAAGCACAGGAAAAAGUACUCUUCUCAAUCUGGUAUUUGGUACAGACUUUGAUACUCUUGAUCCGAUGCGAGAACGCAACCAAACUACCAAAGGUAUUCAUCUAGGCAUCAACCUUGACUUUAAAACCCUUAUUAUUGAUAUAGAAGGUACAGACAGUCUUGCACGAGGUGAAGAUGGCGCUGCCUUUGAGGCUAUGGCAGCUUUAUUUGCUUUAUCUGUGUCUGAUAUCCUAAUGGUGAACAUGUGAACAAGUGAAAUAGGCCGCUACAAAGCUGCCAGCAUUGGGCUUCUAAAAACGAUUUUUGAAGCUAACUUACGCCUUUUCUCUCAGGAAAGGAAAAAAAGGAUUCUCUUUUUGCUUCGCGACUUUAAUGACAAAAAAGAUAAUUUAUUCGUCUUAAAGCAGCAAAUGAGUAAAACAGUAGAAGAAGUCUGAGAGCAAAUACAUAAACCUAGUGAAUAUGCAAUGAGCCAUGUUUUUGAGUUAGUGAUAUUUAAUCGAAAAUCCUGAAUUGCGAUUAUUUAAUAGAUUUUCCAGCAUAAGACUUGCUUUCAAAAAUACAUAAAUGUCUUUUUAUAUGAAAAGUUAUUUCAUAACUAUAUUUUUGAUUAUUUUGAUUUUGAUUUCAAAACAAUUUCUACCAAAGAUUUUAAGCCAAAAGAAUUCAAAGCAGAUAUUGAUGAACUAAAGGAAAGAUUUAGGGAUGAAGAAAAGUUUGAUUAUUUGUUUAGGAUGAAAAACACUGAUAUACCAAUUGAUGGAGUUCCCCUCUAUUAUCAGACAAUUUGGGAUGUAGUUAAAAACGAUAAAGAAAUUAAUAUUCCUUCACAGAAAGAAAUGCUUGCGAAUUUAAGAUGCAAUGAACUUAAGAUAGAAGCUUAUGAAUGGUUUAAAAAUAGCAUGAGUUCUUUUGCAAAGCAAGUUGGAAGAGAAAUCGUCAAAGAUUUUGGAAAAGAAAUAGCAAAAUUUCUAAAAAAAGGGAUUGAUAAAUAUGAUGAAAAAGCUGCUAAUUAUUAUGAAGUAGUCUAUAGAAGAUUUAGAGAAGAGUUGAUUGGCUUAGCUCUUGAGCAAUCAAAAGAUCUUUUUAGGCUGCAAAUGAAAUUUAUAUUAGAAUCAUAUCAAAAGAAAUUCAAAGUCCUUUUAGAAAAGAAAAUCCAAAAAAAUAAAACAAUUGAAAACUUCAAUGAAAUAAUUGCUGAUAUAUACAAAGAAAUUUUUGAUGGAUUUAACAUAGACACCGAAUCAAGUUUACUUCAAAAUAGCGACUGAGAUAUAGAUGAAUAUCGAAGCUCUCUUUCUGAUUUUAUGAAUGAAAAAUGUGCUUUUGAAAAAGAGAAAGAACUUGCCUUGUUGGAAAAAGAAGUAAAUUUGCAACUUACUGGUGGAAAAUUUUCAAACCAAAUAAGCAGAGCUCUUGAACAAAUGAAUGAAGAAACAAUGUGGGAAAAUUUGAAGAAUAUUCAAAGAGAGCAUAUGGAAUCCUUAGAAAAACACUGUAAAGCUGUACUUGAAGGUCUUGGUUUCACAGAUAACCAAAUUGAGCAGCAUAUUUUAAACAUAAAAGUCCAAUUUUAUGAGUCAAUGAAAUCAAAGAUAAACAAAUAUUGCGACCAUUUGGUCGAUCACUUGGUAAGGCAUUUUAAUCAAUUAUUUUUGAAAGAUGAAAAUGGGGUUCCAAGGACUUGGGAUCGUGAAAAUAUCCAAGAAAUUUACGCAGUCUCUAAAGCAAAAACAGUAAAAGUCCUUGAAAAUUUUAGAUUUUUCCAGCUGCUACCUGAUUGGGACUAUGCUCUUGAUGAUGUUAACUAUGAAGAAUUGUUGAACGAAGAUAGAUUUAGAAUGAUAAAUGACAGUUUUGUGAAAGAUGCUGAAAUAGCAUAUAAAGAAGCAGUGCAUUUGAAAGAGUUUGGGUAUAGUAGGACACAUAUUCCUACUUGAUUUUGACUUAUUUUACUUUUGCUAGGAUGGAAUGAGAUAUUAUGGGUACUUCGAUCCCCAGUAAUUUUAUAUCCUUUGAUAUUUAUAGGAGCAAUUAUUGCACUGGCAUUUUCUAUGGGAUUUGGAUCCACAAUCAUCAAUUUUGUAAAAACGCUUUAUCAAGGCUACAAUUUUUUUAGAAGUAAUUAA